AUGGCACUGCCCGCUGCCACCUCCCGGGCCGCGUCCACGCUGUUCUUCGUGAACUUCCCAUCGGCCAAGCAGUACUUCAGCCAGUUCAAGCACAUGAAGGAGCCCCUGGAAAUGGAGCGGAGCCCGCAGCUGCGGAAGCAUGCCUGCCGGGUUAUGGGCGCCCUCAACACAGUCGUGGAGAACCUGCAUGACCCCGAGAAGGUGUCCUCUGUGCUCGCCCUGGUGGGCAAAGCCCAUGCCCUCAAGCACAAGGUGGAGCCUGUGUACUUCAAGAUCCUCUCCGGGGUCAUUCUAGAGGUGAUCGCUGAGGAAUUUGCCAAUGACUUUCCAUCCGAGACGCAGAGAGCCUGGGCCAAGCUGCGUGGCCUCAUCUACAGCCACGUGACCGCUGCCUACAAGGAAGUGGGCUGGGUACAGCAGGUCCCCAACGCCACCACCCCACCGGCCACGCUGCCCUCUCCCUCUUCGGGGCCGUAGGGUCCCUUCUGUUCUCCCCCAUCCCCGGCAGCACCUUGAGCAGAAGGCCAAGUUCUGAAGACCCUCCUUGACCCUCCAUUUCUGGGUGCCAAGGAAGCUGGAGGAACCCCUGACGAGUCUUCCUGGAAAGAGGCCUCUGCCUCAGCCACAGUCCCCUGGAGCCGCCGGGAGGUGGCGCUGGAUGCUGACCCAGUCGGCACGGGUGGCCUGUGGGGGUGGGGGACCCUUCCUCCCUGAAGAGCCAGGCCCACUCUUCUUAGCUUUUCUACUCACCGUUGGAGCCCUAGCUGAGCAGCGGGCAGGAAUCGGGGCCCAGGUCUGGGAGUCACCGCAGGAUACACCAGCCCCGUUUCUAUCUGCCCGGCCAGCAUGCGGGUCUCCACGCCACCUGUCUAGAAUAUCUCCGCACACAUAUCUACCAUAUAUACAGAUAUAUUCUAUAUACAACCUAUAUAAAAAUAUAUAUAUACAUACAUAUCUAUAACGUGUAUCUGCGGGGCCCAGAGGCCCACAGGAGGCCUCAUUUCCGCUCAUCUGCGUGUGGGGCAGGGAGGGGCCCUGGUCACGCUUCUGGGCAGAGAACAGAGUGUUCUGGCAGAGACAGGGGUCCCACAUCAGCACA